AAGCAAUCGUCACUACCUAUAGCAGAUAUGUUAUAAAAGAGGCUUUCAUCCCACAACUAAAGCCCCGUGGAGGGAAGGGACCAAGAAGAGCUCUUGUUUGGCCUUUGGGGUCAUCUAGUACCUGUGGCUCAGCAGAUCUGCAACCAUGAGGAUCCUUUACCUGCUCUUCUCUGUCCUUUUCCUGGUGCUCCAGGUUUCUCCAGGAUUGUCUUUGCCCCAGCGGGACAUGUUUCUCUGUAGGAAAGGCUCCUGCCACUUCGGAAGAUGUCCCAUCCACCUGGUCAGAGUUGGAAGUUGCUUUGGGUUCCGCUCCUGCUGCAAAUUGCCAUGGGAUGUAUAAAAACUUCAUGGACUUUCCAUUCAAGAGCUAUGAAAAUUUCUUCCAGGAACUUUCUCUGAAUCUCCUUCCUGUUACAACCAGUGGAUCCUGCUACAACAAUGUCUCAAGCACCUCUCGUUUUCAAUGCAAAAAGCUUUAUGAUAUAGAGUAAAUCCAAAGGUAUUCUGCAUUGCCUUUCCUCCUUUUGAAUAAAUUGCCAUUGCGUAGCAUUCACA